AUAUCAAAUCAGCAUCGUUCGCUGACGCAUAGUUUGCCCCAACAGGAAGCAACCAACUUUUAUGUAUGGCAGGAAGAAGUGUUUGUGUCUGUCAGCAUCAGAACAUCUCACCCCAUCUUUCUGAGGCUCCACAUACAAGGUAUCACCGAUUCUGGACAGAGAAUGGAUGGCUUUGGCCAACACUGAACGUGCGUAAGAUCUGAGGAACGCUGCUGUGAACCGUCUACUACCAUCACUGCUGAAAUAAGUGGCUUCUGAAGAAGAGGUGUGACUAAAGCAACUUGUGUGAGCUGAAACACUGACAUUUAGUGAAAGAGAGAGCCUUUGAAAGGACACAAGAGGACACAAAUAAGCAACUGUUUUAACUUUGGCUCCUUGAGCUAAAACAACAAAAAAGAGACUAAUUUCUUCUGCAAAAUGUGAGGAUUAUAAACAGAGUGGAGACAACAGCAUCAUUAGGCAGCAGGAAGAUGAUCUGUGAGUAGACCUGGAUUUAUAUACUUAAUGAGAAACUGUAACCCAUGAUGAAAAAGAUUGGAUCAUCAAAAAAGAGGAAAGCAGCCCCCUCAAGAAUCUUUCUAACAAUAGCUGGGCUAAAUGGUGACAUGAUUUUCACACAGGUUAUGUCUUUUUUCAUGGUUUUUAACAUCAACACAUCACAACAUUGCGUGGAACCCACCCCUGUUUAGUUGGAUACACUGGAUUUUUCACGUUUUUUUUAUUUUUUUUCUAUAAUAUCCAGUUUUGAGAUAUAGAAGUUUUUUUUCUAGAUGUCUCAGUCACAUCAUCCAACAGACACACAGGCCUUGCUGCAGUCUAUGCUGCAGAGACUGAAGCUCCAGCCAGGCAGAGAGGGCCAAGCAUACCUGAAAACACCUGUAUCUAUCACAGCUGCUUCCCCACAGGGGCAAGGUGCCCCCAGCCUCCAACAAGUAAACAGUCCUGUGAAUGUGUUUGGCGUUAAUGGUGAGUUGGGAAGGAGUCUAACUUCCUUACCCUCCCAGAACGUCAACACUGAUCAUGACACAGGCGAAAGCAGAGUGCUGGAACAGGCCACAUGGCUGGGAGUCACCCCAACAACAUCAGGGCAGCUGUUUCCUGCUCAGUCACGUAAGGAUGCUGAUCUCACUUCCUUUGAGAGGACUGAUGAUGACAGGGUGACUUUUGGUGGCUUUGCAAAGAAAAGGCACAUCCCUCCUGAUACAGGCUCAGUUUCAAGCAUGAGACCAAACCCGGUCCAGGGACUUACACCCAAAAUCUAUUUCUGGUCCAUGAAGAGCACAGAUGCUGACACAGCUGGUCAAGGGAAUAAAACGUUGCACAUGGGAAAUGAAGUAGAUGGAAGUCGGGAACAAAGUAAAGAUGUGCAGAUUGUCUCAAAAACAACAAACAGCAGAAGAAAACAAUGGUCAUCUGAGAAUAAAACAAGGAGAUGGACCCUGAAGAUUAAGGAAAAGUGGAAGGACAGACAAGGAAAUUUGGGCAAAAAGGGAAAAGAAGAAGGAGGGACAGCCGACCAAAUGACUGAGCAGGGAACUCCAACUUCAACCCCAAAUCAGUUACUCAUGUCAGAAAAUGUGAUGACUACACCAGAAGAAGAUGGAGCACCAGACAACAGUGGUUCUAGCAAAAUACUUCCUGCACAAUGGGAAGACAACUUUUUUGACAACAAUUUCAGAUCCACCAAUGACUCUGAGAUUGGCUUUGGAUCAUUCAGCCUACUGGAGGAGAUCAUCAAGGGUCAAGAGUGGGCUAAGUUCAUAAAUCCCAACUUUUCAGCAAACUCUGUCAGUCAGACACCUGUAAAGGAGCCGCUGAACCAACACAAAAUCCAACCCAAUCCUCAAAAUUACACUCAGUCACCCGGGAUUUUAAAUCAGCUUGGAGGUGGGAGCAACCAGUGGACUUUCAAGAGUACAGAGUCAACACCAGGGACAUUCAUCGGCAUGCCACAGACAUCACCUCAGGCUUUCACAUCAGCAAGCAUGGAUAUGUCAGAAGGAAAACAACAACAACAGUGUGUUUACAGACAGUCUGACCCAUCCGAAUCCAUGAAAGAUAGUUGUAAACAGUCAGAUGUGCGGUCUGCAGAGACAGGGCCAGGACUGCAACUUAGACCGUCAUCAUUUCCAGUGCUUGCAGAUAACCCACACAGCUCAGCAAGGAAGAGCAGACUCCAGACCAGCAGAAAGAGGCAACACCAGUCAGCUGAGAGGAGAGACGAGAAGCUUCAAACUGAGAAAAUGAGUGAUGGAAAAGAAGCAGAUAGAGGGUCCAUAUCUUGCCCAAGCUCAACCAGCUGCAACAUGAUGGAUGAAUCAGGGGAGACGCAACAAGAUAAUGUCAUACCUCUGUACGCCCUAAACCUUCAUCCUACCCCUCUGCCUUCAUCACUGUCUAAUCCCUUUGCUCCUGCACCCCGAGGUGUCCUCAGACACUCCAUGGCCCAGCAGACGGAGUCCUCAAUGGAAACGUUGACAAAAAGGAGGCGGGUGGAGGAGAACCGCCGGGUUCAUUUUUCAGAGGAUGUGGUGACCAUAUCGUCUCCAGACUUGGACCUGGAUGCUGUAGACUCAGAGGAGGAUUCAGGUUCAGGAGCAGAGGAGGACUCUGUGACAGACUCUGUGGAGUGUGAAAUGGAGCAGGCAGUCACAGAGGAGGUGGCACCAGUACGCCGGACCGCUUUACCUGCUUGGAUUCUGGCUUUAAAGAGGAAGAAUACAGGGAGGAAGCACAGCUAGUGAUUGUACAACAGCUACAAUGAGGAUUUAAUCUCACAGACCUGUGUGUAUUUUAUAAAAUCUGUGGUCUGUAGCUAUAAAUGUUCAUCUUUUACUGUUUAUUUUAGAGGUAUUGCUUGCCCUCCUUAAUCCACCUCACGCAAGUAACAGACUACUUCCUGGUCUACUGUCUGUGUAACUGACUCACUGCAUAUUCCCUCUCACGGUGAUGGCUUCCUGCAGCGAUAUGAACAGGAGCGAUAUGGGAGAUGAUGCUAAGCUAACAGCUGGAAAGAUUCAGCAGAUUCUUAUCAACCGCUGCUCUUUAACUGAGACAUUUGCUUGAGUGAAGCAGAUGAGCACAGGGUUUCUCCACCCUAAGUGAAAAUCUUCAUCAGAGCUUCUAUAAGUAAUUACUUGUUAUAGAGUAAAUAUUAUGUGACUUUCAUGUUUUUACUCUGAAAUCAUGGGAGUCUCUUGAUGAAGGUGGUUAAGGCAGAUAUUAAAUGAGUAGUUUGACCUUUUUGAGUUAUGUUUCUUUGUUUGGACACGUUAGAAGAUUAGAUUAGUUUUAUUUUAGAUUAAUUCCACUGUUUUUUUUUUUUUUGUUUGAUUUUUUUUGUUUUUGUUUUUGUUUGUUUGUUUCUUUUUUGUUUUGUUUUGGCACUUUUAUGUAGUGUCUGGCCAAGACAAAAUAUUGUAUGAAAAUGUCUUUUUCUUUUUCUUAAUCUACAUUUUUUAAUAUGCAUGCAGAUAAACAAUUAAUUAUUUAUAAUAUUUUGUUAACUCUGGACUAAAUUGCGCUAACUGUGCCUCUUGGUUCCUGUUAUCCGGAGUAUCUCAUCAGCAUAUUAUGUAUGAAAAAAAUGCUUCAGUAUGUGUGUUAACAUGCAUAUUUGGUCAGUAUUGUAACCACCAGAGAAAAGUCUUAUUAAAGAGGCCUCUUGUUUUGUUUUUUUUUUUUACUGCUUGUGUUUCUGUCUCAGUGUAAGUUAAAUUUCUCCUGCAGGGUUUUUGAUGCUGUAUUCUGGAGAUGUUGUUACUUACAUCUAGAUAUUUCUACAAAUAUAGUUACUAGCAGCAUCAGUCCUGUAAUUGAUUGCUUAGGCCCCUCCAAGAAAAAAAUAAAAUCAGCAAACAUUGUACCCCUCUGUUGAAUCCUUUCUACCUAACACAUUUAC